CUCGGGGACUUGCUGCACAAGUUACAGUUCAUCAUGACGUAUGUGGCUCCUUGGCAGAUGGCUUGGGGUUCGUCAUUUCACGUGUUUGCUCAGCUGUUCGCCAUACCUCAUUCUGCAAUGCUCUUCUUUCAAACCAUCGCCACCUCAAUCUUUUCCACUCCGCUGAGCCCCUUUCUGGGCAGUGUCAUUUUCAUCAUGUCGUAUGUCAGACCAGUGAAAUUCUGGGAGAAAAACUACAACACAAAGCGUGUAGAUAACUCCAAUACAAGACUGGCAGUGCAAAUUGAAAAGGAUGCAGGGAGUGAUGACAACAAUCUCAAUUCCAUCUUUUAUGAGCACUUGACAAGGUCCUUGCAGGAGUCCCUCUGUGGGGACUUGGUGCUUGGUCGUUGGGGUAACUACAGCUCUGGAGACUGCUUCAUUUUGGCUUCAGAUUACCUCAACGCCUUUGUUCACCUGAUUGAAAUUGGAAAUGGUCUUGUCACCUUUCAGCUGCGAGGACUGGAAUUCCAGGGAACGUACUGCCAGCAGCGAGAGGUGGAGGCCAUCAUGGAAGGUGAUGAGGAUGACACUGGCUGCUGCUGCUGUAAGCCCGGCCACUUGCCCCACCUGUUGUCCUGCAAUGCUGCAUUUAACCUGCGCUGGCUCACGUGGGAGAUCACCCGGACGCAGUACAUCCUGGAGGGCUACAGCAUCAUAGACAACAACGCGGCCACCUUGCUGCAGGUCUUUGACCUCAGAAGGAUCCUCAUCCGGUACUAUAUCAAGAGUAUAAUAUACUAUAUGGUCACUUCUCCAAAAAUCCUCUCCUGGGUCAAAAACGAGUCACUUCUGAAGUCGCUGCAGCCUUUUACCAAGUGGCAUUACAUCGAGCGAGACCUUGCGAUGUUCAACAUCAACAUUGACGAUGACUACGUGCCGUGUCUUCAGGGGAUCACCAGAGCUAGUUACUGCAAUGUUUACCUAGAAUGGAUCCAGUUCUGUGCAAAGAAACAUCAAGAGCCUUCCAAGACUCUGGACAGUGACGAGGACUCUCCUUUGGUGACCCUGUCCUUCGCCCUGUGCAUCCUGGGACGAAGAGCUCUGGGGACGGCAGCUCACAAUAUGGCUCUCAGCCUGGACUCUUUCCUGUAUGGGCUCCACGCCCUCUUCAAAGGGGACUUCCGUAUAACGGCCCGGGAUGAGUGGGUGUUUGCCGACAUGGACCUGCUGCACAAAGUGGUGGCCCCGGCCAUCAGGAUGUCACUGAAGCUCCACCAGGACCAGUUCACCUGCCCUGAUGAGUAUGAAGACCCAGCAGUCCUGUACGAGGCCAUCCAGGCCUUCGAGAGGAAAGUGGUCAUCUGCCACGAGGGGGACCCGGCGUGGAGGAGCGCGGUGCUGUCCAACAGGGAGGAGCUGCUGACCCUGCGGCACGUGGUGGACGAGGGUGCCGACCAGUACAAGGUCAUCAUGCUCCACAGGGGCUUCCUGAGCUUCCGCGUCAUUAAGGUCAACAAGGAAUGCGUCCGAGGGCUCUGGGCCGGGCAGCAGCAGGAGCUCAUCUUCCUGCGCAACCGAAACCCGGAGCGUGGCAGCAUCCAGAACAACCGGCAGGUGCUGCGCAACCUCAUCAACUCGUCGUGCGACCAGCCGCUGGGCUACCCCAUGUACGUGUCCCCGCUCACCACCUCCUACCUGGGCACGCACCGCCAGCUCCGCGACGUGUGGGGCGGGCCCGUCAGCGCGCACCGGCUGCGCACCUGGUUCCGGACCAAGUGGCUGAGAAUGCGGAAGGACUGUCACGCGGGCCAGCCAGGCGGCAACAUCGAAGACGUAGAUGGAGGAGGGGCCCCCGCCCCAAGCCACACGAGCGGGGAGAGCCAGGCCAGCAGCAUGGAGCCACCCCGCAAGGAUGGGCGCCCCAGUAGGGCUCCGAGGACAGGUGGAACUCAGGAACAUGGCAGGAGGAAAGGCCGGAGCCAGUCCAUUCAGGCACCGGGGGCUCUGAGCCCUGGUGCCCCGACGGCCAGCCUGUCGGGCCCCAUCCGGGAGGGCCGCGGGACCUUCCUGCAGACGUCCACCUCCGUGCACGAGCUAGCCCCACGGCGCACUGGCAGCCAGCUGUCCCUGCACUCACAGCCACCACCCGCCACCACCAUGGGUCACCUGAGCGUCCGCGAGCGGGCUGAAGCGCUCAUCAGGUCCAGCCUGGGCUCGUCCACCAGCUCCACCCUCAGCUUCCUCUUUGGCAAGAGGAGCUUCUCCAGCGCCCUGGUCAUCUCGGGACUGUCCGCUGCAGAGGGGGGCAACACCAGCGACACACAGUCCUCCAGCAGUGUCAACAUAGUGAUGGGCCCCUCGGCCAGGGCUGCUGGGCAGGCUACACGGCACUUCUCAGACCCGUGCGAGCCCACAGAUGCCCCAGAGCAGGGCCGGCUCUGUGACCGCCAUCCAGCUGAGGUCCCACCUGAGAAGUGUGAGGUCCUGUGCAGGCGAGCAAGCCAAGAGGACAUGGGGCUGGACGACACAGCAUCCCAGCAGAGUGCUUCGGAUGAACAGUGA